AAAUUCUAUUUAUUUACCACCGAAAAUAAACCCACCUCGGUGAGAUAAAAUAGUAUCUGAUAUCCUAGUGAUUUAUCACGAUAUCAAAAAAGGAUUUUCGUAAUUCCUUAUUUCGACUAAUUAGUAGUCGAUACACUGAUCUGCUGCUAGACCUCAAUACGUGAGUCAUGUCCAACGAAGAACGUCUCCAUACGUUGCUUGCUGAUUUGGGAAAAGCGACGCUAAGGGGAGUGCGUAAGUGUCCGAAAUGCGGUACGUACAAUGGGUCACGAGGGCUGAGCUGCAAGAACAAGUACUGCGACGUGGUGUUCAAAGAGCCAGGGGAAAAACGAAAAUUAUCAACAGAAGCUUGUAAACUCAUAACAGGAUCAACAGCCCAGGUCUUUUCUGUCAGAGUACGAGACAAAGGUCCUGAUUAUCGUGGAUUUGUACAACUUCCUGUUAUAAACACAGCAGUCGUCGACGAAAAUUCAGCCCUAAUAACGCAAACUACUGCUUUAUGUUUUGUUGACACUUGCGAAAGAAGCUUUAAUGCAAGCGUACUAAAAUGUCACGAAAAGGAUUCAUCUGAAUUAUCCAUGUCAACUUGUCAACACAUCCAAGCUGCACUACGCUGCUAUGCCGAAGCUCAACCAUUGACGCUGCGAAAUUCAAUACUGUCGUCAUUAAAUGUCAAUAACGAAAUAAAGCAAGAAAUAUGGCUGCUAGCUACGGAGACGUCGGGUCCCUUGGUGCAAAGAGUGUCAAAAAAUAUUAUGGCAGUCAAAUGCAAAGCAUCGCCAAAGCACCCGCUCGGAUACUUGCAUUUUUCAUUUUUCGUCACUAAAUUAAAGGAUAGAGUUGAGCACAGAUGUUUAUGCAGUUGUUCUGCCUUUAAAAGUACAACAAAGUUUGGGGAUAAAACGGAGGUGUCACAAUCUCAAAUCAAACGUUGCGUGCAUUUUUAUGCUUGCAUAUGUGCGUUUGCCAGUGAUCCAAAGCUUACUGAAGAAUUUGAGUAUUACGUUAAUUUAGAUCAGGCUGAUCUCAGUAUACAAAAAUCUAUAAGUACAGAGUUUCAAAUUAAUGAAGCUGAUAAAAUUGUUGGAAUGGAUUUGGAAAGCUUGACAGCUGAUGAAACUGAUACGCAGCUUUUAAUAUUUCGAGACGAUACGAUAGAUUUGGAUGCUGCAAUUUUGCCUCAUAAUAUUGUAGAAAAUAUUGGAGUAGAAUGUGAUCAUACUUUAUUAGAUGAUGCCAAUAUUAUUUCACAGGUACACAACUUGGAAGUGAUAGACCAAAACUCGGUACUAGACGAAGAUACAGUAAAAAUUCUCGACAAUCAAUCUCUAAUUGACACAAAGUAUAAUGUGAUAAAUGACAGCCAGUAUCUAUUAGACAAUAAUAAUGUCAAGAUUCUUGACAGCGGUACAGUAAAAAUACUGGAUGCUCAUACUGUACUAGAUGCUGAUACCAUGAAACUUCUGAAUGGAAGUACAAUAAUAGAUGAUAAUACUGUUCAGAUAAUCAAUGGUAAUACAGUAAUACAGUGCGGUUGUGGAGAUAUGAUAACCUCAGACAAUACUGAUAUGUUUCAAACGAGUGGGAAGAGGAAAAGGGAUGAAAGGUUACCAAACCUGUCUUCCACAAGCUUAAAUAAUUUGAAUUCAAUAGAGCCAAGAAAGGCAAGAGCAAAACCGACGGUUAUUAAAAAAUAUCAGAAUUCAUGUGAGAACUUGGACGAAAGCAAUACCAGCUUGCCGUUUAUCAAAUGGCUCGCUUCAAUAACUGAAAGAAUAAAUCAAACAAUGCAUUUCCAGUUUGAUGGCAAGCCCGAUCCUUUGGUAUUUCAUGUGCCUCAAAUAUUUUUCGAUUGUCUCCGAGAACGAAUAUCGUGCGGUGGUAAGAAAAAGAGGCUGCCAAAUUCGACAACGGCUUUUGUUAGAAAAGAUGGGGUGCCUCUGGGCACGUUUACAAAAUAUACCUGGCAUAUUACGAACAUACUUCACGUAAAAAGUAUUUUUGAAACUCCGAUAAUGCCCCUAGAAAUAACUAGAAGUUUCGUACAAAAUGCUGACGGAACUUACGAAUUGUACAAACGGGAAGAAACGGAAAUGGACAAGUUUAAAAAAACUGGUAAUCAACCGUUGAUUAAACCACUGGAACUGAAAACGUACCUGAAAGUUGGAAACACUUCCCCAAAUCAAAUCGAACCAACACCAUUUUUGAUCGAAUGGAUACCGGAUAUAUUGCCGAUUUCUAAAAUGGGAGAACUGAGAAUUAGAUUUGAGUAUGGCCAUGUUAAAAAUGAGCUUACUCAACGGCGAAGAAAAGUUGCUUUGUUGAAAAAUUAUUGAAAUCCAAGAUAAUUUCCUAAUUUACUCAUUCCUUUAGCAGAGUAUGAGCAUGGAUUAUCAAAGUUGACAUUAAUCAGCGUGAAUUGUAGAAAACUUAUUUGCAAUCUUGAUGUAUUGUUAAGAAAUUUAUCAAAUUAUCAAUUCUAUUAGUUGUAUAUUACGAUACAGGCGAAGGAAUAUCGGAUCUUUAUUAUCAAACCAUUAUCGUAUGAUGUCCGAACCUGCAUCCUCAUUGGCAUCAAAAAGUUUAUCAUUACAGAAAAAUCAUAUGGAAAUCAAAAGCUGUUUAUUUGUUAACAUAAAGUGGAUAUGGAAAAAAUUCGGUAGAAAACAAUACUCGUAAUUAUAUAUGGUUCUCCUGGAGCUUUAUAGACAUUUUCUGCCACUAGAAUGGAACAAUAUGUUGGAUCCUUUCUUCUCCAAUACGUAUCUUGAGGGAUUGACUGCAUUGCAGUAGAAUGAUAUGUUGCGAUUGUGCAUAAUUUCAACAAACUCAUGUUUUUUUUUAGCCCCUAAGUGUGGUAUACUUUUAUAUUAAAAUCGGAAUUUAAUCAUGAAUUUUCCGAAGCCAGUGAUCCGUGCAUAAUAAUAUUAACUUGACUCCGUGUGAUUUUUAAUUUUCGAAACAUCAAUUUCAUGUCAUGUAGCAUCAUCAUAUUUAUUUUGUAACAUAGCAUAAUUUCGUUAAAGUUUACUGCGUAAGUAAACAUAUUUUGUUUUAUUUUUUCUGCUUGCAAAGCAUAAUCAGACUUGUACACCUAUGUAUAAAAACACUGUAUUUAAUUCUUGUUCAUUAAUCUACAUAAAAAACGACAAAUUUAUGGUUUUUUGACUAUUAGUUUACUUAGUGGUCGACUUAGUAUAUAUGUAUAGUAUUUAUGAUGUAAAUACUAAAGAAAGAAACUAUGUGUACGGAAAAAAAUAGUAAUCCAUUUACUGCAACUUAAAAAACCCGAUUUUUCCGCAAAUAUAAUUUUUUUAUAGAUAUAGUAAUGUGAGCUAAGAAAAAACGAACAAAAAUUGGAAGAGAACCAGUUUUUAGUCAUUCUAAUAAAUAAUGAAUGUACAAGACGGCAACUACGUACGCUUAUA